CAUGUCAAAAUGUGUAGAAUUGCAGUAAACUUGCUUUGAAACUGCAACAUUUUCUCUACACCCCAUGGCAAAAUACAGUAUGUAACAUUGCACGAAACAAAGACAGUAGCUGCAGUGUGAAGAUGGGUUAACUGCUUCUCCAAUAGAAAUCCCCAAUCACACUUUAAGGCGACGUUGGCUAGCUAAACCAAAGAUUUGUUAUAACUAAACCUCUCAAAAAAUCUAGUUGUUCUUUCUGUGGCUAAACUCAUGCCUAUAAACACGUAAUCGGGUCUGAGGGUCGUCUUGUACCAAACUGCGCAUGUCGUCAAAUCAAAGGCACUCCUUCGAUAUAAAGUAGUUUUUGACGAAAAUGAAAACGUGUCAGUUUGUCACCCUCACGAGGUUAGAGUAAUAAGUUCAACUACUUAAAACAUUGGCUCGAAUCUAGGUUGUGCCUUUAGAUUUCGAGAAAAUUAACAACAAAGUAAUAAUGUUUCACUUCUCUCAUUUACUUCCCAAACCCCGGGCUGGCCUGUUUGGUCUGUUUGUGGUGAUGAGUAUAAUUUUUUUGUGGCCCCUACCCUCAUCAAAGUUGCCCAUCCCAGUCUUACAGCAAAUAUUAUAUCCAUCUGUGCCAAAUAUCCAUAAAACCAAAUAUUAGCUAUAUUCAAACGUAAACAGAUCUGGGCCUACACUCAGAUUUUCAUAUGCCCACGUGACCAUACGUACAUAAACAAACCAUGUCACGCAAAAAAACUGUGACACAGUUUGCUAGCAGCCUCCUUUACCAAAUAUCCGAAAACGGCAUAACCGUAACGUUUACAAGAAGCAAUGAAGACUGUAUACCUGUAGCUAGCUAGCCAGAGUAGCAAUCAUUUAGUUAGCUAGCGCUUGAACGGCAGUUCCCAUGGCAUCCUCAGCGGGAAGCGAAGUCCGAGCCCUCGGCUCUAGCGAAGGGACUUUGGGAGCACUGCCCGGUGCUCGGCCACCACUUCGCUCGCACCACCUACACACCACAACCACAACCACCGCAGGUUCCCCUGGAUCUCUGAUGGUGGAGUCGGUGGACGACGCGGAGGGUCUGUAUGUCGCCGUGGAGAGAUGUCCUCUCUGCAACACCGCUAGGCGCAGGCUGACUUGUGCCCGAUGCAUCCAGGCAGGGGAUUUCGUGUACUUCGACGGUAGAAACCCCGAACGAUACACUGAAAAAUUGGAAAGACUUCAAAUGCUGAAGGAGGAGAAAGAACUUCUUGAACAGAGGGUCAUUACUGCCAUGGAUAAGAAGGUCCAGGCAGAUCAGCUGAAAUGGAAGAUGAUGUCAUGCAAGAUGAAGAUUGAGCAGCUGAAGGAGGCCAUUGGCUGUGGGAACGAAGAGGUGAAGAGUGGUAAGGACCUGCUGCUUCGCUCCCAGGAGGAGAGCCAGAGGCUGCAGCGGCGGGCCAGCCGCCACCAGGAGAAGAGGGACAAGAUAGAGAGACACAACCAGCGGCUGGGAGAACUGCUGGAGAAGAGGGGCAAGGAGCUGCAGGGUCGUCUGGAGCACCUGGCCGAGGUCCGCAAGGGACACAUCCUGGAGCUCACCGCUCACAUCUUCCCCACACAGGAGGAGAAACAGGGCAGCAGCCCUCUGUCCCUCAGGGACCCAGCGGACGUGUUGUCAGAGUGUGACCAGGCCCUGACCUCCAGCACGGUGAGUGAGCUGGCUGAGGCCCGCCGCACCACCUACCUUUCAGGGCGCUGGAUCUGGGACGACCAGAAUGGAGAAACCAGCAUUAGCAUCACCGGACCCAGGGUCACGCUGCCUAGCAACGGGGACUGCUCCCCCUAUUACAGCUGGGUGGAGGACAAGAGCACCAACGAGGGGCCCGAGCUGGACCACAUCAACCCAGCCCACACCAUCAGUGCAGCUCUCUGCUACGCUACCCAGCUCAUCAACAUCCUCUCUCAUAUCCUGGAUGUCAAUCUGCCCAAGAAGUUGUGCAACAGUGAGUUCUGUGGUGACAGCCUGAGCCGGUACAGGUUCACCCGGGCUGUCACCAAGCUCAACACCAACAUCCUUCACCUCUGCUUCUCACAGCAUGUUGAGAGUGAGCUGCUGCACCCUCACCACACCCUGAGGAAUAUCAUGUUCCUGGUCUCUCCCGACAACAAGAACCUGGGCAGGACGGGUCCAUAUGAGGUGACUGCAGACCUGGAGGACUCCAUGGAGUUUGUGGAGCCGGAGGCGGCCGGCCAGGCAGAGGAGAGCGGGGACGAGAUGGUGACGGACGAAGAGACAGACCUGGGGACAGACUGGGAGACUGUCCCCAGCCCGCGCUUCUGUGACAUCCCCUCCCAGCCCAUGGACCUGUCCCAGAGCAUGGCCAUGCAGGUGUCCCAGCCCGUGGGCCAGGCCGGGGGCAUGAUCUCCUCAGCAGCUGCCUCCGUCACCUCCUGGUUCCGGGCCUACACCGGCCAGCGCUGAGGGAGAGGAGGCUCACUGGCCAGGGUUGUAUUCAUUAGUGCAAAGAAUAUAUAAAUAAUUAAACGUUUUGUAAUGUAGAAUAAAAAUGAGGGUUUCUUAUUGGACAAGUUCAGGUAGUCCCUCCCUGUUUUAGUCCAUUUGAUUUCUAAUGAAUACACCCCAGGACAGGCUGGAGCUAUGCAGAACCACCACCUACCAACACCAUGGCACCAGCACACCCAAACACAGAGAUAGUUCUGUUCUCUGCCUGUAGUCAACUGCAGCCCUGCUCCACAACCACCAACAAGGGAUAUUUGUUUUUACUAGAAAAGUUGUAAUUGAAAUAGCAGCAGUGAUUCUUCUGGUGAAAAAUGUUUAUAGUGAGAAAGACUGACUUUUGGGGAGGGUGUUGUUCAAUGAGUAGUCUCUCUCUUGCAAGACUCUGGGUGCUCUGCACGCUCCAUCCCAGUGGUUGUGAGAAGACUAUUCAAAGAGAGACUGGACCAGCAGUUGCAUGAACUUACAUUGAUUGAAAAUGUCAAGACUGAGGAAUGCCACAGCAUUGCACUGGAUAUGGGACUUCAUUUUGAUCCUGUUAUUUUCCUCCUGAGAUCUGGACUGUCCUGUGUACCUAUCCUUAUUGUCAGUUUUUAAUGUAUAUUUUCUGCAUCCCUACGGGCCUUGGUCAAAAGUAGUGCAUUACAUAGGGAAUAGGGUGCCAUCUGGGAUGCAGUUGACUACCUUCAUGUUGCAUUAUAACAAAAUGGUUCAUGUAAGGAUCGUGUUUGAAGACUGACAAAUGCCAAUUAUGACAUGACACUUUCUUUGUUUUACAUCAAAUGUUGUUUGCUUACGGGUCGGGCCGGGCCGGGCCGGGGGGGAGGGAAUGACCUAGUGGCAUCUUGUUUUCCUUAAAAGGGUUAAUUUAGGGCUCUAGUCAAUCCGUUUCAUGGAAAUUCUGGCUACAGCCCAAUAUACAUUUUAAAGCCCAUGUUCCAACAUUGGCGGAGACUACACUACAGGUGGACGAUGACAUAUAGGUGGCUUAAAUGAGAAUGAUAGAAAGGGACACAUCUUUGGCUUACUUCAUUUGUACACUGAACAAAAAUAUAAAUGUAACAUGUAAAGCUUUGAUUUCAUGAGCUGAAAUAAAAGAUCCCAGAAAUG